AUGGCUUCACUGUUCGCUACUACUCCCUCCUCUCCUCUAUCCUCCUCGGCAAUAGCCACCGCCGCGCCUACCUCCGAGAUGCAGACCCAGGAGCUGGCGCAGAUUGAGCUCCAGGACCGGUUGAAUCUCCACAGCAUCAAGGCGCUACACUACAUGCGAAGCCAGCGGCCUAAGAAUACAUCCAGAGCUUAUAUCAAUAAGCAUCAGGAAUGGCAGAGUUUCUGCAAAAAUCAGGGCUUCCCAGACGGCGAAUUAGUCACAGAGAAGCAGCUUGUCUACUUUCUCGAUACCGAGGUCCUAAACCGGCCCCUCCGGUCCUGUCAAUACAAAAAAGACCGCACUCGGCCAGAUGGAUCAACGGUUGAACAGACCCUAGGGACCAAUUCAAUCACGCAAUAUAUCAAUGCAAUUGUGGACCUCUGGACGUUCCAAAAAAGCAUUGGAACGAACAGCUUCCCUAACCCGCGUGGAUACGCUGUUUCGGCCUUGAUGACCGGCCGACUACAUAAGGAAAGCGAGCGAAAGCGCGAGAAGUAUCUUGACCGAGUCGCAGGCACCCUGCAGGAUGGAUAUUCUAAGGACAAGAUCAAGGAUUUCGUACGAUACUGUUGGCAUGGAUGGAGGACAAUAGACCUAAAGCAUCGAAAACCUCAGGCCCAGGAGUCCUAUCUUCGUACCGCCGUGGAUUUCCUUUUCAGUCACAAUAUGCUGCUUCGUGGAGAAUCGUGCCGGCGGCUCCAGUUUCCUGACCUAUUCACUAUCUCGUUGCCUAACGAAGGAUCGACUCCCUGUUGGCCAAUGAUUAUGAUCAUGAAUAACGGAAAGACGAAUCAGUUUGGUCGCUUGCAGUAUAUGGGAGUAAUGCGCCAUCAGGAUCCACUACUUUGCACGAUGAGCCAAGCGGCUUUUUAUCUCCUUUAUCGCUGGCAGAUAGUAGGAGAGUCACCACCGCAGUUUCGGAGCCGACCACAGUGGUAUAAUUUCCACUUCUUCAAGGGCUCGGAUCGAGAGAAGCCUAUCUCGUACGAGAUCCAGCUGAAAUGGGCUAAUGAGGUCUAUAAUGCAAUCAAUCUCUCUACCGACAAGAAGACACAUGCUGGGCGGAGACAGCCAAACUGUUUCUCUGAGAGUUCCCAGCGGACACACCACGUGGAGGUGGGAGCUCGUCGUCCGCUUAUUGAUCCCGGAACUCUAGGUAAAGUUCUCGAGCUAUGUGCUGUUUCCAGGAUCCUCACAGGGCGGUCGCUGUAUGUCAUUCUUGUCGAUUUAAUAGGUAAACCACUGGAAUUUGCUCCAAGGUCGAAACCAGUCUGGAACUCCCCCGCCUCCAAUAUCGCAUCUCGCUUGUCUCAAGCUCUCCGCGCUCCUAUUGGGAGACUGCACUCCUAA